AUGGCUAUCCUGACGGACCGCUUUGCACAAUCGUCCAGUGGUAGCACAGCGCCAUGCAACAACUUGCAGUCAUACUGUGGAGGCACUUGGAACGGGACGGCUCGCAUGGCCCAAUACAUCAAGCAGCUGGGCGCCAAUGCCUUAUGGAUCUCGCCCAUCCCAGAGAACACAGACAACGGCUACCACGGAUACUGGCAGAAGAACAUCUACAAUCUGAACCCAAACUACGGGACCGGCGAUCAGCUCACACAGAUGAUCAACCAGCUGCAGCAGAUGGACAUCUGGGUCAUGCUCGAUGUCGUCAUCAACCACAUGGGAAACCAGGACAACGGCAAGCUGAACGACUUCUCCAUGUUCUAUCCCUUCAAUGACUCGUCACACUACCACUCGUAUUGCCAGAUCCAAGACUGGACAGACAUGCACCAGAUCCAGUACUGCCGGCUGGCGAACCUGCCAGACCUUGCGCAGGAGAACAGCUUCGUGGCGACGACGCUGCAGAACUGGGUGCUGGAUGUGAUCAACCGCUACAACAUUGACGGCCUUCGCUUCGACACUGUCCUCGAAGUCCCCGUCGACAUCUGGAAGGCAUACGCCGCCCCAAUCAAGCAGUACACGGUUGGCGAAGUCGACAACGGAGACCCGGCGCUGAAUGCGCAGUUCCAGGGCGCACUUGAUGCAACCCUCAACUACCCCAUGUACUGGACCCUUCGUCACGUGUUCCAAGAGGGCCAGAGCGCGUCCAUGAUCCACGAUUCCCUCCAGCAGCAGCGCUCCACCUUCACCGACAUCUCCGUACUCGCGCUGUUCCUCGACAACCACGACAACCCGCGCUUCCUCAACAUCCGCAACGACUACUGUGCACUCCGUAAUGCGCUCGCAUACAUUCUCUUUGCAGAGGGCAUUCCCAUCAUCUACUACGGGACAGAGCAAGGGUUUGCUGGCGGCAACGACCCGGCCAACCGCGAGGACCUGUGGCGCUCAAACUACGACACAUCCGCACCCGUCUUCCAGUUCAUUGCCACCCUCACGGCUGCGCGCACCAAGCUCCCGGCGAGCUUCUACUCCAGCCAGCAAUACGAGAAAUACGUCCUUGACAACCUGUAUGUGUUCACGCGCGGUCCAGUGCUCGUCGCAACGACCAACGGCGGCUGCGGCGCCCAGACAGGGGCGAGUGUGCCGAACCUCCCCUACUCCGAUGGCGCAUCGCUGUGCAACGUGCUCAACUCAUCAGACUGCAUCCAAGUCCAGGGCGGCACUGCAAACAUCGCCAUCUCAGACGGCAACCCCAAGGUGUAUCUGCCAACGCAGUCGCACUUCUUCCUUGCCAACGCAACGCAGCCUCUCUACUACACACUUGCACACAAUCACGAUCACGGCACACGCCCCUCCACGCGCAUGCUGUGA